GUAGUAACAAAUCGUCAGUCGAAGCGAUGCAAACGUUUGUGUCAGCCAUAAGCAGCAAACCGUCCGCGAAAAACAACUCUUUGCUCGGUCUCAUGAAAAAUGGAAUGGAGUGAAACGAGUUUUUCGAAAAAAUAAAGCCACAUAUUGCAGUUGAAGAAGCAAUUUGGCCACACAGCAGCAGCGCGGAGGUAAACACCAAUAGAAAGCAAAAUUGUGAUAAUGUUUUAAUUUCAUUAAAAUGAAAUAAAGAUAUUGGAAAUAUAUUGCCUGCGUAAUCGACGCAAUUUGCCGAGCAACGAAUAAAAAAAACGAAAAACUCUGACAACAGAUACCGGAAUGGAAUCAUAGAAGAAGAACAUGAAACGGAAAAUCAAUGAUUGAGUGAACAUGUAAAACGUAACGCCGGUGGGAAAUUCAGAACCAAUUGAUUUGAACACCGUACCGCCGUACCAAAAGUGCAAGUGAGCCGCGAAAGUGAAACUUCAAAAAUGAUUUUUUGAUCACCGUUGGCGGCUGUUGAGUGAUGUGAUAAUACGCCUGCGAGGUGUGGGGUGAAGCAACAAAGUGGAAACUUCAACACGUCAUAGCGAAGAUAAAAAAAAGUGUCUGGAAAAUAGAAGUGUAGGCUAACAUUCGGCGAAUAUUGCAGUUCAAGCGCCAUUCACCAAAGUGAAUAAACAUGUAUCGACCAAAUUUCUACGAGUCAACGUGUUUACGGUGCAAUGAGAUCGUCUACCAAGUGGACCGCGUGGGGCCGCUCAAGGAUUUUACCUUCUUCCACUCCGGCUGCUUUAAGUGUAAGAAAUGCGGAACCAAGCUCACGCUGAAAACCUACUACAACAACCAACACAACCACGAUGAUAAAGAGGUGUACUGCUGUUCACAUGUGCCAAAGAGUGGGCCUGGACAUUUCGAUCAAACAUCUGUCGGUAUCAGACAGGCACUUAACGUACCUAAGAGCACAAACUACGUCAACGAGCAAAUCAGAGGUCAUCGAAACGACAGCAUCGAUGGCCAGCAACGUCAAACCACACCAAAUGGCUUCAAUGGAAUGCGCGAAGGCAACUCGCCACCGCAGACUGAUCCAGACUACAAAUAUGGCCGGUUCGAUGCCAGCGCCUUACACAUUGCCCACGCGCUCAAACAAACGGAAAUCCAAAAGGCAUACGAAAAAUCUCGGGAGAAACCGAUUGAUUAUUAUUUGGCUCGUGAAGAACAAGCUAAGCUAGAAAUGAAACACCGAAAAGAGGAAGAUGACUUAUACAGAAAAUUCGCAAGGAAACGGGAAGAGGAAGACAAGCGAAUGCAGAGCGAAAUACAGGAUGAAUGGGAACGUGAGCUUCAAAGAUUGGCACACAAGUUCGAGAAAGAGAUGACCACAUCCAGACGAACUCGAGAGGAUCAGAAUAUACUCACAUUGAAGCAUGAACAGCAGAAAGAAGAUUUGGAAAAGAACAUGACAAUACGCAAAACAAAGAAAAAAGAAAGUCUCACGAGAAAACUUUUGGAACAUGAACGAUCAGAAACUGCAGCCUUGGUAGAUCGGCAGUCAAGCGAAAUGCUGGAGCUCAUCAGUGCACGGCGUAGCGAAUAUAUGCAAACCGAAAGCAUAUUCCUCGACGACGAAUUUACCGAGGGUACGGUCACAUUGGAGUAUCCUUUGGUCGCGCCGAAUCCUGCCCCACCAGCGCUCAGCAAGUUCCAGAUAUACAACGACCCGAUCGAGUUUCAAGAUGUUGAUCAAAUCGCCAUUACCGUUGCCCAAGAAGACCAGAAAACCUUCACCGAUCUGGUGCGAAUGCUGGUCGGACGAUGCACCUCAGACAUCGAGAAAGCGAGGACCAUAUUCCGAUGGAUUACGGUGAAAAAUCUGAACACGAUGACCUUCGAUGAUGAUCUGCGGGGCGACACUCCGAUGGGGCUUCUGCGCGGCAUAAAAUUUGGAACCGAGAGUUAUCAUGUUCUCUUCAAAAGAUUGUGCAGUUAUGCUGGUCUUCAUUGUGUAGUUAUAAAAGGGUACUCCAAAAGCGCUGGUUAUCAACCGGGAGUUAAAUUCCAAGAUUCAAGUCAUCCGAAAAAUUCGAGAUUCCGAAAUUCGUGGAACGCCGUAUACGUUGCAGGUGCAUGGCGGUUCGUCCAGUGUAACUGGGGUGCUCGCCAUUUGGUAAACGCAAAGGAAGCACCGAAGAGUGGGAAGGGUAAAAACGAUAGUCUACGGUACGAAUACGACGACCAUUACUUCCUAACAGACCCCCGAGAGUUCAUCUACGAGUUCUUCCCACUGCAAGAGGAAUGGCAGCUGCUGAAGCGGCCAAUCACGUUGAAUGAUUUCGAGAAUCUUCCUUUCGUGCGAUCACUCUUCUUCCGAUACGGACUUCACUUCGCUGAUGAAGGAUACGGUGCUGUAGUGUUUACGGAUGACACGGGCGCAGCAACAGUCAGAAUAGCUAUGCCAUCAGACAUGCAAGGGUGUUUGAUAUUCCAUUAUAACCUUAAGUUCUACGACAGCGAAGAUGAUUCUUACGACGGAGUCUCGCUGAAACGCUUUGUCAUGCAAUCUGUAAUAAGUAACAUAGUGGCAUUCCGAGUGCAUGCGCCCUGCUCCGGUGCAUUUUUGUUGGACAUCUUUGCAAAUGCAGUCACACCUCAAGAGUACCUGACUGGUGAACCAAUGAAGUUCAAGAGUGUGUGCAAGUUCAAGAUUUGCUGCGAGGAGCUACAGACUGUAAUGGUUCCACUUCCCGACUGUGCCAGCGGAGAAUGGGGACCAACUAAGGCAACUAGAUUAUUCGGACUCAUACCAAUUACGCAUCAGGAACCAUUAAUUUUCGCUGGCCGAGGGAUUGAACUGCAGUUUCGGAUGUCUCGUCCGCUAACGGACUUUAUGGCAACCCUACAUAAAAACGGUAUUGAAGAGAAGAAACUUUCGAAAUACGUUCAACACAACGUUGUAGGUGACACCAUCACUUUUAAUAUUAGCUUUCCACAAGAGGGUCAGUAUGGCUUAGACAUCUACACGCGAGAAGUCGGUUCGCUGAAUAACAACAAUAACAACAACUCUACAAACGAGAAGCACCUGCUCACACAUUGCUGCAAAUAUCUUAUAAAUUCAUCGAAGAGAAACUAACAGCUGCUUAUGGAAAAAUGGAUUCUAUCCAUCCCUUCCUCUUGUCCAGAUAUACCUACCGUUAUGUGCGUUGUAUCACUUUGUUAUUUUUUGUAAAUAUAGUUGAUAGAUGUUCGCUUUGAGAUGAAUCUAUUUUAAUAUAAAGUUUAGUGAAAACUAUAUUUAUUUUUACGAUGAAUUGCUAGAUAACAAAUAAAACAAAUGUACAUAAAUUACAAGACAAA